AUGGAUUCUGUCUCUGAGGGAGGAGUGUUACUACCCAUCCACAAGCAUCCUAUGGUGCCUUGGAAUGAUAUGCGGAGAGGUGAUUGCUGUGGACGCUAUGAAUCUAUCACGGAUGGCUAUUUUUGCCAAAUCUGCGAUUUUUUCGUCCACAAGAUAUGUGGCGACGAGACCUCCGACUAUAUCCAACACCCAUCUCACUCCCUUCACAAUCUUCAGCUUCUUCCAAGUGUAGCAAGUCAAAAUUGCAAUUUAUGUAGAAGGGAUGUCGUGGAUCAAUGCUAUCGUUGUGAGAUAUGUAACUUCGACGUGUGUCUAUGUUGUGCCAAGUACCCAACAGAGGUUAAUACCGAGAUGCAUCAUCACAAGCUCACACUUGUCAAGAGGCGGAGAGAGUUUAACUGUGAUGCCAGAUGUGGGAAGCCUUGUGAUGACGGGAUUUCUUACAAAUGCCAUGAAUGUGAUUUAUUCUUCCAUGUGGACUGUGUGUGGAAUCUGUCGGAGGUAAUACGCCCGGAAGAGGUAAACCACUCUUACCAUCCUUGCCAUCCUCUCAAGCUCAUUACAGGCCAUCCACAGGACUAUUCCGAUGGACAAUGUCGUCUUUGCGGAAGAAAGGUUGAUAAAUGGUUUUAUCAUUGUUCUUCUUGUAACUUCACCUUGGAUUUGCGCUGUGUUUUGACCCCACCACCACAAUCUCUUGUGGAUUUGAAAGCUCAUGAUCACCAACUCACCCUUCUCCCAAGACUCGAUUCUUUCACAUGUAAUGCUUGCGGAUUGAAGGGAGACCGAAGCCCUUACAUUUGUGUUCAAUGCGAUUUCAUGAUCCAUCAAGACUGUCUUGGCCUUCCACGCGUCAUAAACAUCAAUCGGCAUGAUCAUCGUGUUUCUCGAACUUCUGUUCUUGGUCUUAUCAAUUCUGUUUGCAGAGUUUGUCGCCAGAAGGUGAACUGGACUUGUGGGGGUUAUCUUUGUAAGCGGUGUCCCGGCUAUGUCGUGCAUUCGAAAUGUGCUACCAGAAAGGAUGUUUGGAACGGGAUAGAGCUUGAAGGAGUACCAGAAGAAACAGAAGACAUAGAGCCAUAUGUGGUGAUUGAUGACUACACGAUACAACAUUUUAGCCACAAAGAGCAUUAUCUAAGACAUAAUGAUGAUGGUAUUCUGUAUGAGGAGAACAACCGUUGCAGCGCAUGUUCCCAUCCCAUCGGUCUCCAAUCCUUCUAUGGCUGUCUCAGUUGUGAUUUCAUUCUCCAUCAAAACUGCGCUAAACUUCCUAGGAAGAAAUGGCAUGUGCUUCACAAUGAACGGCUUACUUUAGUUACUAACGAGGCCAAUUACUUUCAAUGUGGUGCUUGCUAUAGAAUGUCAAAUGGUUUCAGGUACAAGGAUAAGAAUAAGAUGUUAGAUGUCCGCUGUGGUUCGAUUUCUGAGCCAUUUGCACAUCCAAGUCAUCCCAACCAUCCCUUGUAUGCCAUUCCAGGUAGACUUCCUAUAAGAUGCAUUAAUUGCAACAUCGAUUGGGGAUCUUCUAUGCUCAGUUGCAUUGAAGAUGGUUGUAAAUUUGUCUUAUGCUUCUGUUGCGCCACUCUACCACAAGUUAUAAAGCACAGAUUUCACGACUAUCCUCUCACACUGUGCUAUGGUGAUGAUGAUGAUGAAAGUGGUGAACACUAUUGGUGUGACAUUUGUGAGAAAGAAUGUGAUCCUAGGAAGUGGUUCUACACGUGUGAAGAUCACUAUGCUAGUUUGCAUACUGAGUGUGUGCUCGGAACUUUUGGAGGGUUCAUGCCAAGAAGCCUAGUAAAGAUUUGGUUCUAUCAAUAUGAGGUGGUGCUCAACGAUAGUGUAUCUCGCCCAUUUUGCACCGUGUGUAAGUCACGUUGCUUAUACCCUAUCAUCUUGAAGACGGCGAACGAGCCAACGAGCAAGAGAUCUUCUUCGGGACGAGACGCGUUUAGCAUGUCUGAUUUCAGAGAUAUGCGAAUCGUUCUGAUUCGUGGGAUUACUCUGCUUUUAUUCGGACUUAUGCUCUGUAUUUGGACGAGCGGCUUGAUUUCCGGAUGCAAGGAAAGAGAGGCAAACACGGCGAUGGUGGUGGUGAUUCCGGUGACGAUGAAGAUGAUCAUCGAGAGACUAAUGCCAAUAUUCGGUCGAGAGCUCUUGUGGUUAAGUCUAAACCGGUGA